AUGGCACAGAAGAGAAGGGCAGAGGAGACUGGAGGGUGUGUCGACCUGGUGAUCUACAAUUGGACCACUUCUCAAGUGCAGUCCUUCCUCCGAAAACUGCAACUUGAGCGGUGGGAGCCCAUUUUCGAAGACAUCGAUGGUCCUACACUCACGGAGCUUGAUGAUGCAGAUUUGAAGGAGCUGGGCUGCGAGAAUCUGGUGAUGAGAAAGAAGCUUUUAGGCCAUGUCAUGAAGUUGAAGUUGGAGGCAAAGUCAGCCAACGAUGUGGCACUGCCGGCAUCGGGAAACUCACAGGCUCCAGAGACAGUUGAGUUUCUGGCACUCUGUGAUGUGCCAGCGGCGAGUGCAAGCGUGCCAGAGAGUGCGAGCGAUGUGCCAAUGGAAAGCCAGCAAACACACCAGGAUAUGACCCUGGCAGAACUGCAUACUGAAUGGGAGCAGUUGAAACAAUUACGAGAAGAAUUUCAACAAGCAGCGAGCAUUUUCGAAAAGCUACUGGACCAACAUGUUCAGCAGGGUUUUGGUGAGCAAAACCUGGCGAGGAACUUUGCUCAGGAGGUGCUGAGACAAAUCCAAGAGGCCCAGGAAGUCGCUUUGCCCAGCCCUGCGCGUAUUCCGGUCUUUGGGAACACUGGUGCCGGGAAAUCCACCUUACUGCAGCUUGGAAGGGCCAAGAACAACUUUGGUGCAAAGCAAAGCGGUUUUUUGGGGAAUGCUGUCCUGCGACAGAAUGUGGUGCCCACCUCUGGAUGGCGUUCCUGCACCGCUGUGCCUGUGGAGCUGACAGCUGCCGACGUUCCAGUGUUCAAGGGUGAGGUUCAUUUGAAGAGCAUGGACGAGUGGAAAGGCGAGGUGCAAGCUGCCUUGCAGGACCUCUUGAUGAGUGAUCGACAGCGCGUCUCACGGAGAGAGCCGGUCAGGGGCAAGGAGGAGACGCCAGCAGACGUUGCCUUUGCCACAUUGGUAGCUGUUUAUCCGCAGGCCUUCCUGUACGCUAGAGACCCCUGGCCAUCUGUGACUGCUGCCAUGAACGAGCUGUUCCACAUCAGGAACGCCGUGACCAUCAAGCACGCAGCAGACAAGGUGUUGACGUUCCAAAAUGCUGAUGGAGAGACAUUGGCGCAGGAGGUGGUUGACUACAUUGACAGUCCUGAGCGGGACUGGGAGCCAGCCUUCUUCCCGCUGGUGAAGAAGGUGCGCAUUGUAUGCCCUGCUGGAGCCAUGCAUCCCCAUGUGAUCCUCGUUGAUGCGCCUGGUGUGCAAGACGCCAACGCAGCACGGGGGAACGUGGUCAAGAAGUUGCUGGAGGAUGCCAACAGCGUGGUGAUUGUUUCCAACAUCAAGCGUGCUGCCACUGAGCGGGUGGCGCAGGAAAUGCUCAGCGAAAGAUUCCGGCGGCAAUUGCUCAUGGACGGCCACUAUGGGCGCUUAGCAUUUGUGGCCUCAUGCACAGACGAGUUGACACUGUCUGAGCUGAAAAGAAAUUUGAAGCUCAAGGGCGACGUACCAAAAGAAAAAGCGGCAGCUCUGCGAAAUGCCAGCGCCAAGGAGAAGAUCACGGCCGAUUGCUUUGCAGGGCUCCGUCGCAUCGAAAUCCAAAGCGAGCAACGCUCGCAGAGCACUGAUGAAGAUUUCCGGCGCCGCGGGAUAGCUCCAGCGGUCUUUACCACUUCGGCGAGGGAUUACCAGAAGCUGAGCGGGCUCUUGGACAUGACUGUGGAUGGAGGGCCGCAAGUUUGGUCCACCCUCAGGGACACGGAGAUUCCGGACUUUCGUCGCUGGAUUCAUGCUCAAGGGCAGAAAGCCCAAUUAGAUGCCCUGGAGAAGGCCGAAGAUCAGUUUUCAUCGGCUUGCCGGAAGCUCCAGGAGCCAGAGCGACAGAUUGAGACAGUACCAACAUGGGAUCCUUCAACAAUGUCGACGGCCUUGAGAAAAAUCAAGGAAAGUCAGGCCGCAAUCAUGCGGACAUUGCUAAGUGACAAGCUCAAGAGCAGCGUGGGCAUCGGUCAAAGGACAGCAGCCGAGGAAGGGGCAAGAAACAUGACUGUGCGCUGUCAAGGACAAGGUGCCGGUGGCCUCCACUGGGGCACCUUCAAAGCUACCUGCCGUCGCCAAGGUGAAUGGCGGGAGGAUUUCAAUGAGCUUCUGGCGGACCCCCUAAAUCGACGCAUUGCCGUUGAAUGGGACCGAGUUCUGAAUCAACUACUGCCAGAUCACGUGGACAACUUGCUGCGUCGCAUCGUGGACGAAAUUUGGAAACUGCAGCGUGGUAUGGAUUUGCCACUUGAGCCCUUCCAAGAUGCAGAAGAGCUCGUGAAGAGGCGUGGUCCAGUGUUGAAAGGAAAUCUUCAACGGCAGCAGAUGGAGGUCUCAAGACAGAUCAAAGAGACCAUCAAGCAGCUCAUGACCCCCAGCUAUGGUGAAGCCGCAUCGGUGUCUGGCACAGGAACGGAUGUGCGCCAAAAAGCCAUCAUUCGGAAUCAAGUGACGGAACGGGGCGUCAGCAUGUUCCGCAAGGCGUCGGAUUUCCUGGGCGGUGAACUGGACAAGCUGCUCAGACUUGGUUGA